AUGGCAGAUACACAGAAGGAGAAAUUUCCCCUGCUUGCAAAAGUUGUAAAUGGAGGAUUAGCUGGUGUAAUAAGUGUGACGACUUUAUUUCCACUGGAUUUAGUCAAGACUCGUUUACAAAUCCAGCGAAUAAAGCCAAACUGUACACAGACGUAUAAUUCAAUAUGGGACUGCUUCAAGAAAACAUACAAGUCAGAGGGAUUUCAUGGAAUGUAUCGUGGAUCUGGAGUAAAUGUGUUGUUAAUAACACCAGAGAAGGCAAUUAAACUGAUAGUGAAUGACUAUUGCAGGCAUUAUUUGUCUCAAGAACACAAAUUGACACUAAAGUUUGAGAUACUAUCAGGAGCCAUUGCAGGAAUGUGCCAAGUAAUAAUUACUACCCCAAUGGAAUUACUUAAAGUCCAGCUGCAGAAUGCUGGACAGCUUGCAACCCUUCGGAAGGUUGACAGAAAGGCUGCUCCAAAAUUUGAAGCAACUCAUAUUGCCCUAAAAUUAUUAAGAACAGAAGGAAUAAGUGGACUGUACAGGGGCUUAGGAAUAACAAUGAUGCGGGAUGUCAGUUUCUCUGUGCUUUAUUUUCCUGUCUUUGCUCAUUUAAAUGCUUUUGGUCCAAAGAAACACAGUGCACCCGACAAGGCAGUAUUUUGGUUUACAUUCCUUGCUGGAUGUGCAUCGGGUUCAAUUGCAGCACUUUGUGCAACUCCUUUUGAUGUUAUAAAAACUCGGCUACAGCUUCUGGUAGCCGUAGAUAGUGAAAUGAAAUAUUCUGGUAUUGUUGAUGCUGCAGUAAAAAUAUUAAGGACUGAAGGUCCCUUUGCUUUCUUCAAGGGUGGAGCAACCAGAGUGCUUGUGAUAGCUCCAGCAUUUGGAAUAGUAGAAAUGGUGUAUUUUCUUGGUGUGGGGGAAUAUAUUCUGGGAAUGAAAAAGUAA